CUGAUUACCCGCCCGUGUCGUGCGUCCUCUUGGAAGGCCAUCAGACAUGGCUUCCAAAUUAUGCGUAGCACUAUUUGUGCUGGCAUUAGUACAUCACGGCAGAGCAACCUUUAAAGAGCAUGUUCAUAUAAAAGUACACCUACCGAGCGACGGAGGAGGUGGAGGUGGUCACGAUGACCAUCAUGGAGGAGGAGGAGGUGGAGGUGGUGGAUAUGGAGGAGGAGGUGGAUAUGGAGGAGGGGGUGGCUUUGGAGGAGGAGGAGGUCAUGACGAUCACCACGGAGGCGGUGGAGGCGGAGGCUUCGGUGGUGGUAAGUAUCGAGAAAGGAUUUUGUUAAUUAAAUUUACGAUAUUUAAUUCGAAUAUCAAUAAUUCUUACCACUUUUAUUCUUAUUCGGUUCACGAGUGUUCGAUAUUUUUUUUGGGCUUGAUAUACAUCAUUUAA